GAAUAAUGUGUCGUUAGAAAUGAAGGAAUCUGGUGGGUUUCAGUAUAUUGAUCGUGAUCGGUUACUUUUGGCUGUUCAAAUAGCAAAACGGGAUGCUAGAUGCUUAUCAUCUAGUAAAAUUGAAGACGAUGAAUACAUUCUUGAAACAGCUCAAAAUUUUAACAACAGUUCCCUUUUGUCUUCAGUUGACAAUCGUCCUGUCCAAAAACCAACUCAAGUUAUUAAAAGUACUGAUCAGAAGUAUAAAUCAAUUUUGAGUAAACCUAGAAUACUUCCCUCAAGAAAUGACUUCUAUCAGACUACACGCAAACUUGCAACUAAUGCGCAUUAUCAAACAUUUGACGACAAGGCACCAGCUUGUAGUGAUUCUCCUCCAAUACGGGAUACAGAUACCUGGACUCCGAAUCGUAAACGUGCUCUUCAUGAACCAACUGAAAAGCAGCUCAGAAAUUCACAGGAAUCUAGGAUACGUCAACUACAAGCCAAGUUAUCUCAAUAUUCAGAUGCAUUAGAAGAACUUCGGGCAAAGUGUUUGUCAAAUAAAGCUCAAUCUCAAGAAUUAGGAUCAACUUGUAAAGUACAGAAGAAGUCACUUUUAAAAAUCCCUGCAAAUCAUUCAAAAUCAUUAAUCUCAUCUAUUAUACGUCCAAAAUCAUCAGUUUUACGUUCUCACUUAGUUUGUAGAUCGAAUACACGAAAUUCUAGCAAAAUAAUAAAAUCUCAUUCAUUUAAUGGUGUCAACUUAACUCAUGAUAAUUAUCCAAUGUCUCCAACGUCCAUUUCAACCAAUGCUAGAGAUCAUUAUGAUUCAAAAGUAUCUUCACUUUGGGAGCAGGCUAUUAAUUCACUGAACUUAGAUGGAUCUAGUGCUGUUACUUGUCAACCUGGAGAAUAUCUAAAGAACCAGAGUCCAGUGAAAUCCUUGUGUACAAUUACUGAUGACCAACACAUUCAGAACUCAUCUAACCAGCUUACCAUCAACGCGAUAAAAUCAAAUCUUGAUGAUUGUCGCGUACUUUGUUCUGCUGCUCAAGAACUUUUAAAACAAAUUGAUGAAGCUGAAUUAGAAGAGAAUGCUAUUCGUCAGCGAUGGGCUAAUAAAUUAACUUAUAUUCAUGAUGACAGAAGAUUGCUGAAUAAUUUUCCUCUUACCAAGAAAGAUGAUUCAGUAUUCAAAAAUUAUAAAUCAGAUGUGCUUUCAUUAUCACAAUUUCAACAAAAUGACAAGUCAAUUAUCCGGCCUGAUACUUCAACGUUUCAAUUUCCAAAAAAUGAAGCUUACUCGAAGGUGAAAUCAGAUUGUAAUCACGUUGAUAAGAAAUCCAGUCCUCUUGCUCACUUUCAUCCACUUAUUCUUCCGGUUAAAUUACAUCGCCAGUUAUUGCAAUCGAAAAUCAGACGAGAUGUACACGCUAAAAACAUUUGGUUUUAUUUACUUCCUACAACAACUUUUAACAACUUGCCAGAUAUUCCCGUUAUUCGUGUCUGUGAAGACCUUACCAAUGAUUUAAUUCAAGAAGCAGUUGAUGAACUAUAUCAGACUAUUGAUCGUGCAGCUUCUGAAUUAGUCGAUGAAUUAAUUAAAGCGGAACUUUUUCCAGAAGCACCUGAUAUAACCUUAUCAUUUGAUAAGUGUGAUGAUGAUCCACAUGGUUUGUCUACACCUGCAUUGUUUCAUCAAUCAGAUUUAAUAGCCCAUGAGUUCGAUGCUCCGGUGGUGUAUAGAAACUGUAGUGAAAACCAAACGACCUCUAAUGUUACAUCGAUACUUGAAAUUGAACAUGAAUCUAGUAUUUCUAAUGACGAAUCGGUAAAUAGACUGUCAAAUUCUGAACAUAUUUGUAGUAUUAGUGAAGAUAUCAGCGAAAAAUAUACUUCAGAAUUCGAAGAUGAUACUGUUUCUUAAUUAUAAAAUGUUAGGUACAUUAAAGUGGCUUUAAAAUAUGUUCCUCAAGGACUGUAUUUCUCAUUACUUGAAAUUAUAUACAAUUUCUUUUAUGCUAAUAAAAAAUACAUUUCCUUUUUAUAUCCA